GAGGUUUUGAUAGCAUUGUUAGCGCGGGCAUAUUUCAUUGUUCUACGUCGGGUCAUCGAUUUCUAUCGCUUGCUGCUCUAAGUUGAAUAUAGCCUUUGUUGAGAGCUUUGAAGAAUAUCUCCAUAUCGCUCCACUACGAAUCUCGUAACUUCUUCUUAAUUUUUGGGUUCAAUUUGAACUUCUAUUGCACGAUAUUUGAACUUCGACUGGCACCCAGAUUCAAUGGCGUCCAAUCAUGGAUUAAACGAAGAAGCAGCUGAUAACCCAUCAUCGCCUACAAAUGUUUACAAAGAUCCCGAUGACGGACGGCAGCGGUUCUUGCUCGAAUUGGAGUUUGUUCAAUGCCUUGCCAAUCCUACCUACAUUCAUUAUCUGGCACAGAAUCGUUACCUCGAGGAUGAAGCUUUUAUUGGUUACUUGAAGUACCUUCAAUAUUGGCAACGGCCAGAGUAUAUCAAGUUUAUAAUGUACCCCCAUUGUCUUUUUUUUCUUGAACUUCUACAAAAUUCAAACUUCCGAAAUGCAAUGGCUCAUCCUGGCAACAAGGAAUUGGCACACAGACAACAAUUUUACUUCUGGAAGAACUAUAGGAAUAAUCGAUUGAAACACAUUUUGCCUCGACCUCUUCCCGAACCUGCAGCAUUACCACCCCCAGUAUCCGCCCCACCUCAAGCACCUGUACCGGCCCCAACCCCAGCCCCCACUGUGGCAGCUUCACCUGCUACAGCUGCACUUUCUCCCAUGCAGUAUGGUAUUCCACCUGGUCCUGGACUUCCAAAGAACGACAUGAAGGGCGCAGGAAUUGAUCGACGAAAGAGAAAACAUGAAAGAAGUAUGACGUAGUUGGUUUCAUUAGUCAAAACUAGGGUGGAUGCUGGAGCAGCUCACGAGGUAAAUAUGCAUACAGUGAAAAUUAAAGUUCAAAGAUGAUGCCUUGCAUAAGCUUUCCAAGAGUUAUCCUUCACUUCGGGUUGUGCAAAAUCUCUCUCUCGCAUGUUCGCGAACAGAGCGACAUGACCUCCACGUUCGUAUAAAGUAUUGCUAAGAAUUCUUAAAAUUUUUGGUUUAUCUAUAUGUUUGGCUGUUAUGGCUAUCUAUACAUUGGUAAGCAGUUCCUUUGACUAUCCUUUUAUCUCCAUCUAUAUUAGACAAUUUUUUGUAGCAGCGUAAAAUCCUAUGAGUAGGCAUGGUGAGAAGUGAGCAGUAAUGUGGAUAUAGCCAGAUAUAUCGUUUAUAAAUAGUGACAUUUUGUUAUAUUUGUAAA